CAGGAGUGUCUUGGUCGGGCCCCUCGGAGAGUUGUAGUGGGUUCUGGGCGGCAGCGCUGAGGCCGAGCGAAGGCCAGGGGGCUGGUCUCCGGGCUUAGGGGACCGACCGCUCGCGUGCCCGCAGACCCCGUGGGGAGGGGCGCCGCAGCCGCGGCGCCUUUAAGCUCGGGAGCCGCGGCGCGGCCCCGCCCCCCCGAGGACGCCUGGGCGCGCGGCCGCCUGAGACGCUGUUUAAUUGGGGCUGUCAGGCCGCGGAGCGCGCGGAGGGCCGGGCGGGACGGAGGCCGGGAGGCCGGGGCGGCGGGCGAGCAGCUCGGCGGGAGGCGGGCGCCCGGAGACGCGGCUGGGGCCCGCGCGGCCGGGGCGCCGUCCCAGGGCAGGGCUGCCCGGCCCCGGCCCCGGGCCGCCCGCGCUCCCCAUGAAAAACCAGCUCCGCGGCCCCCCAGCGCGGGCGCACAUGUCGGCCUCGGGGGCGUCGGCGGCUGGGGACACCGGGGCGGGGUCGGAGCCCGGUGCGGGAUCUGGAUCUGGCGCCGGCACCGGGGCAGACGCGGCGGCGGGCGCAGGGGCCAUGCCCUGCAAGAGCGCCGAGUGGCUGCAGGAGGAGCUGGAGGCGCGCGGCGGCGCGUCCCUGCUGCUGCUCGACUGCCGGCCCCACGAGCUCUUCGAGUCGUCACACAUCGAGACGGCCAUCAACCUGGCCAUCCCGGGCCUCAUGCUGCGCCGCCUCCGCAAAGGCAACCUGCCCAUCCGCUCCAUCAUCCCCAACCACGCCGACAAGGAGCGUUUCGCUACGCGCUGCAAGGCGGCCACCGUGCUGCUCUACGAUGAGGCCACGGCCGAAUGGCAGCCAGAGCCCGGCGCUCCCGCCUCGGUGCUUGGCCUUCUCCUGCAAAAGCUGCGCGACGACGGCUGCCAGGCCUACUACCUCCAAGGUGGUUUCAACAAGUUCCAGACAGAGUACUCGGAGCACUGCGAGACCAACGUGGACAGCUCGUCCUCGCCAAGCGGCUCACCACCCACCUCGGUGCUGGGCCUGGGGGGUCUGCGCAUCAGCUCUGACUGCUCGGAUGGGGAGUCAGACCGAGAGCUGCCCAGCAGUGCCACCGAGUCAGACGGCAGCCCGGUGCCGUCCAGCCAGCCAGCCUUCCCUGUUCAGAUCUUGCCCUACCUCUACCUCGGCUGCGCCAAGGACUCCACCAACCUGGAUGUGCUCGGCAAGUACGGCAUCAAGUAUAUCCUCAACGUCACGCCCAACCUGCCCAACGCCUUUGAGCACGGGGGCGAGUUCACCUACAAACAGAUCCCCAUCUCUGACCACUGGAGCCAGAACCUCUCCCAGUUCUUCCCUGAGGCCAUCAGCUUCAUUGACGAGGCCCGCUCCAAGAAGUGCGGGGUCCUGGUGCAUUGCCUGGCGGGCAUCAGCCGCUCGGUGACCGUCACAGUGGCCUACCUGAUGCAGAAGAUGAACCUGUCGCUCAACGACGCCUACGACUUUGUCAAGAGGAAAAAGUCCAACAUCUCACCCAACUUCAACUUUAUGGGGCAGCUGCUGGACUUCGAGCGGACGCUGGGGCUGAGCAGCCCGUGUGACAACCACACCCCCAGCGAGCAGCUCUACUUCUCCACACCUACCAACCACAACCUGUUCCCACUCAACACGCUCGAGUCCACGUGAGGCCGGGGGCAUGGGGCGACGGGCCAGCCCCUCCCGGGCCCCCACAGGGCCCGCCGGCAGGGCCCAGGCCUGCUGCCUCUGGCCCGAGGAACCCAGACAUCACCUGUGCCGAGGUGAGCUCCCCUCAGUGUCCCACAGCCAGGCCUCCACCGGCAGGACUUUCCGGAGGGGCCCAAGGCGAUCAGACACAUGGCUUUGGGAGUCCCUCGGGGCCUCUCCUUGUCCCAGGACACUCCUUUCUGCUGAUGGCUCAGCCAGUUUGGCUGUUUUUUUAAAAGACACAUCCACGGACCUGAGUUUACUUUUUACUUUUGGCAGGUAAACCCAAGCUCCCUGGAGCAGAGAGCGUGUUGAAGCUCUGCUUGAUUGUUCUUUUUUGUAAUGGAAAGUGUUAUUUUCAGGCUACAUGCAACAGUGGAUUGUAUAAACCAGUAUUUCAUCCCUUUCUUGAUCCAGUGAGAGAGAGAGAGGUGUUAUCAGUUUGUUUUUCUUCCUAUUUCAAAAAGCAAUUCUUGAGUUUUUGUUUCUGUUUUAAUGGAAAAGACAAACCCCACGUUGAUCUUGACCAAAUGCAUUUUGCACAUGUGUGACGCCUCCGUUUCUGCAGUGGCCCUUAAAGGGGUGGUUCGCUGCUCCCAGCAGGGGUCUCCCAGGCCUGCCUGUAUCUCCCACCUCGGCCGAGCCCACCUGGCGCUGCAUUUGCUUGUGAUGCCCGCUGUGAGUGGUGGGCUGGACGGGUGACCUUUGCCUUCUCUGCCCACCCACUUGCCCUCUGGUAGUCCCUGCAGACCACCCCAGGCAGAAGAGGAGGCCACAGGGGACUGCCAAGCAGUAGCAUUAACCCUCUGGGCUCAGCCCCGAGGAGGGCCCCAGGCCCUUUUUAUCCACUACUUCUGUCUCUCUCUCUCUCUCUCUCUGGCUAAGGGAGCAGGCCCAGUGGCUGGGGAAGUUUAGGUGGAGGGCGCAGCCCUGCCUCCCAGGUCUCCUCCCCAACCCUGGUUGUUGCUUGGGUUCCAGCUGCCACUCCCAGCCCCUCAACCCGUGGAAGCCGGCCCUGUGCGCACCUUGCCCAUGCCUUGGAUUAAGAAACUCACAUCCAUUUCAGUCCCGGGGGGUGGGGGGGUGGGGCAGCAAGGGUGGACAGGGAAAGGGGUGUGAGGCCUGUCCAUCCCACCACCCAAGCCCGCUGUCCACAGAGCAGAGCCACGGGUUCUGGUAUCCUCCGGUUCCGUUCCUUCUCCAAGCUCCAUUUUCCCGGGUGGUGGAGCUGCAUGGGGGCCUGGGGAGGGCCGGGGUCCCUGAGCGAGCCAGCACUUGGCAUGUGAGCGAGGCCACGGAAACCCUGCCCCAAUGCAUCUUACCUCACAGGGCUGGUUUUCAGGGAUUCUUCAAGGCAGCAGGUGAAAAUCUUGCCACAGUUGAGAAAUUGACAAGAAGCUUCCAUGCUGUGUACAUGGUUCUCUUUCUCUCUUUUUUACCUUUGAAAAGAAAAACCCAGAAAAACGCAUCAGAUUUGUGUACAUGAGGGUAUGCCAACAAGGGUGGCCAGUUUUGCUUUAUGAUCUUAUGAAGGAAAAUUUGUGACCCUACACACACACACACACACACACACACACACACACAUAUAUUCCCGAACGGGACUUUGUUUAUAUUGCAAAUAAAUAUUAUUUUUUCUUUAAAA